UGCAGGAGUCUGGAGGAGGAGGAGGAGGAAGAGGAGGAGGAGAAUCACUCGGUACCAAACUGCCUCUAGGACCCAGUGUCUUUGCCCCUGAGCCUUUGUAGUUUUUGUGUGGAGCUGAGGGAGACUGAGAUGUGCUCCUUGCCUAUCACGAUUCACAUCGAGCUUCACCGCUAAGCUGAGGAGGAGGAGGAGGUGGAGGAGGACGAGGACGAGGAUGGUGAUGAUGCUGGAGAGGGCAAUUUGAAGCCACCCUCAAAUUGCCAUUAUAUUCCAUCUUCAUUUUCAUGCUUUUCGCACAUUUCCUCUCAUCGUCUGUGUUUAUCUUUUUUUUUCCUUCUUCUUCUUUUUUUUUCUUUUUUUUCUAAUUUGUAAAUGUUGGGGGACGCGCCGAGAGCCAGUGGAUUUGGCUGCAUGGCUGCUGCCUCGGAUCGAGGCUCCGAAUCCUGAGCGCGCACAGCUUUGUUCUCAGGACACACUGAUUGAGUCGGAUCCAAACGGCAGCGAGCGCUGGAUUCUGCUGAACUUUCCUGCAUCUUCGACGUUUGCAUCAGCAUCAGCAGCAUCAUCAGCAUCAGCAGGUACUUCCUGAGGUGGAGGAUCAGCCAUGUGGAGCAGAGGGAGAGCAUCUCUUCUUCUCUUCUGCCUGCUGCCCCUCACCGCUCUGUGGAAAAGCAGGUCGGUGAAAGCUGAUGCCGCCACCGAUUCCCUGAAAGCCAACAUCACCGUGUUCACACGGAUCCUGGACAGCCUCCUGGAUGGAUACGACAACCGUCUCAGGCCUGGUCUUGGGGACAGAGUAACUGAGGUCAAGACCAACAUCUACGUCACCAGCUUUGGACCAGUGUCAGACACGGACAUGGAGUACACCAUCGAUGUUUUUUUUCGGCAAAGCUGGAAGGAUGAGAGGUUAAAGUUCCACGGACCGAUGGAAACGCUGCCUCUCAACAACCUGAUGGCCAGUAAGAUCUGGACUCCAGACACUUUCUUCCACAACGGCAAAAAGUCGGUGGCCCACAACAUGACGAUGCCGAACAAGCUGUUGAGGAUUAAAGACGACGGAACGCUGCUGUACACCAUGAGGUUAACGGUGCAUGCAGAGUGUCCGAUGCAUCUAGAGGAUUUCCCCAUGGACUUUCACUCCUGUCCGCUAAAAUUCGGCAGCUAUGCCUACACAAUCUCAGAAGUGACCUAUUCUUGGACUUCGAAUGCGUCGGACUCUGUGGUUGUGGAAGAAGAAAGCUCUCGUCUUAACCAGUAUGACCUGGUCGGAAAAACGGCCGGACAAGAAACUAUCAAGUCCAGUACAGGUGAAUACACUGUGAUGACGGCUCAUUUUCACCUGAAGAGGAAGAUCGGAUACUUUGUCAUCCAGACCUACCUCCCGUGCAUCAUGACCGUCAUUCUUUCCCAAGUGUCUUUCUGGUUGAACAGAGAAUCAGUGCCGGCCAGGACUGUGUUUGGUGUGACCACUGUCCUAACGAUGACAACUCUCAGUAUAAGUGCCAGGAAUUCCCUCCCCAAGGUCGCCUAUGCCACCGCCAUGGACUGGUUCAUCGCCGUCUGCUACGCCUUUGUCUUCUCGGCUUUGAUCGAGUUUGCCACAGUCAACUACUUCACGAAGCGCGGCUGGGCCUGGGACGGAAAGAGCGUGGUGAACGACAAGAGGAAAGAAAGGGCCUCUGUGGUCAAGAAGAACAACGCCUACGCCGUAGCAGUGGCCAACUACGCGCCCAACAUCACCAAGGACUCUGGCACACUUCCCACCAUCGCCAAGGGGGGCGCUGCAGACCCCAACAAAGCCAAAACAGAUGGCAAAGCACAAGACGCCAAGAAGACGUUCAACAGCGUGAGCAAAAUUGACAGGAUGUCAAGGAUUUUGUUUCCUGUUCUUUUUGGCAGCUUUAACCUGGUUUACUGGGCCACGUACCUGAACAGAGAACCGGUCAUAAAGGACAUGGUUCCCUCCAACUGAAGUCUCCCCUGCUGUGGGGACUGGGAGAGUGAAACAAAUACCUCUAGUAACUGUGUACAAAAAAAAAAAACCUUUUCAGAGUCAAGUCCUGGAUUGCUGUGUGAUCCUCUAACUCCUCCUGUUUUCUACACCGUCUGCAGCACUUUUGAGACGCCGGGAUUUUUGUAAAUGUGUACGUAUAUUUAUAUUACAUGGUUUCAUGGUGACACGUCGUGUGAAUUUUUUCGAUACAGUGCUUAUUUCCUAAGAAUUGUGUUUCCAGUUAUCAGUAACUGUGUGGCCACUGUGGAUCAACAUGAGAAGAAAAGAAUAACGACGUGAACACACACACAAACACAUUUAUUUGAGACUACUUCUUUUUUGGCUGCUCACUGCCAACUGUCUACUACUACUGUGUGUACUGUGUGUUUUCUUAAGAGUGAAAGAGACUUUCUAUCUUAUAUUUAUUCACGUCUUUGCCAACUAAGAGUGGCUUUUUUUUUUUUUUGUCCAAGCCGAUGCAAAAACACAUUGUAUUAUAUUGUUAGAGUGUUGACGUUGUUUUUAUUAUUUAUGACUACGGAUAUGGGCCUGGAAUCGAACACUGACCUCCAGAAGUACUGAGCUUCAGUAAACCAAUGGCUGUAAACACAUUAACAGACAGCCAUUAAGAAAAUUAAUAAGGAAUAAAUCAGUUCUAUGUAAGGGGGGUAAAAAAUAUGAUCGGAAUAUAAAACCAUUCAUGUUCAGAAUGUGUUUUUAUAUUUCAUUAUUUGUACUUUUUGGGACAUCUUAUUUGUAGAUGCUCUAUGGGACUUUAGUAAGAUAAUUCUUUUGCCUUGUCUCAAAAAACAAAACAAAAAAACAAGCAUCACAUUUAAUUUAAAAAAUUUGGGAAAGUCUGGGCUAGAUGCUCUUCCUGACACUAGAUAACUCAUUGGAAUUCAGAAGGUGGAUUAUUAUUAGGAAUAUCCGAUAAUAUCUGGUAAACCCUCAUUAUUGGCCGCUUUUAAUUACUUUAUAUCAGUAAGAAUUGUUAUCGUUUUUUCCUCCGUUAAUAAAACCUGAUUACACAGUUUUCUUCAACCGGUAUCAGUUGAUAUCGGAAUCGGAGUGUUUGGACAAUAUUGGCAAAAUGAUAAUGUCAGACAUAACUAAUUAUUUGUAUUUUUUUAAUAUUAAUAAUAACAUUUUGCAAAAUAGUUGAGUUUUUCAGUGAAACACCUUCCUAUUGGACGCCAUUGUCACGCCUGUGGAGGUCAGUGUUGAUUUGAUGUAGAGGUGCAUUUAUAGAGUGCAGCAGAAAUCUUUGUCGUCUUUGUGUAACUGACUUUGUUUUGCGUCCACAGUCGGUGUCCGUCUGCCAUGUUAAAAUGUGUGAACUGCUGUGAAAAACAAAAACCCCACCUGACCGCCCCUGUCCUCUGACAUGGAACGUCAUCACUGUACCACGUAGACCUACAGUACACUGUCAUUACAUGAAGCUGUGCUGCCGUGAACACUGCAACGUCGGGCUAACUCCAAAGCCAUACCGUCUUAUCAGCAACAAUCAGCUGCCGAGUGCGUGUGGGUUUGUGCGGCUACUCUCACCAUCCAGACCUAAAUUGCCUGUAGAUGUGAAUCUUGGCGUGAAUGGUUGUUUGUCUCCGCGUGUCGGCCUUCUGAUUGGCCUGUGACCUAUCCAGGAUGCACUCUAUAUCCUCCCGUCUCAUGUCAGCGGGAAUUGGUUCCAGCCUUUGCCGUGACCCUCAACACACACUGUUAACGCUGUAGAUAAUAGAGAGAUGGAAUGAAUAAAUCCCGUGUGACUCUGCUUCAUGAACAGUCGCUCUGUGAUAUUCGGUUCUGUCUGUCCUUGUGAUAAACAAAUAAUUUUCAGCCCCAUAUCAGUAGACAUAAGAUUUUUUUGUUUCCAAAAUUGAAUUUUUUUUUCUGCUGCACAUCUGUGUUUUAACUUAAUUCAACUUUCAUCGUUAUAUCAAACUUUGCAUGAGGAUUGAAAAGAAAAAUCUUGUUUUCUUUAUUCAUUCAUGUGUCACAGGAAUUGUGUCGUUGCAUACAAAACACUAAUUUUUACUUCAGUCCUAUAUCCAGCGUCCUGAUAUAAUAUCAAACAUUCCGGUUACAACGAUUGUUCACGAGGUGGAUGCUUGAUUCAGUGCACAGUUUCUAAUAAAACCACAUUA